AUAUGUAACAGCGUUCAUUGGGAGAAAGUGUACAGAUAGAUUCGUCCACAGUACAGCAAGUAGCAUACAGACAUAAUCGUCUACAGUGGAGGAAGUAACGUACACACAGAACGGUGUACAGUGGAGACAGUAACGUACACACAGAACGGUGUACAGUGGAGACAGUAACGUACACACAGAACGGUGUACAGUGGAGACAGUAACGUACACACAGAACGGUGUACAGUGGAGACAGUAACGUACACACAGAGCGGUGUACAAUGGAGACAGUAACGUACACACAGAACGGUGUACAGUGGAGACAGUAACGUACACACAGAACGGUGUACAGUGGAGACAGUAACGUACACACAUAACGGUGUUCAGUGGAGACAGUAGCGUAAACACAGAACGGUGUACAGUGGAGACAGUAACGUAAACACAGAACGGUGUACAGUGGAGACAGUAACGUACACACAGAACGGUGUACAGUGGAGACAGUAGCGUUAACACAGAAAGGUGUACAGUGGAGACAGUAACGCACACACAGAACGGUGUACAGUGGAGACAGUAACGUACACACAGAACGGUGUACAGUGGAGACAGUAACGUACACACAGAGCGGUGUACAAUGGAGACAGUAACUUACACACAGAACGGUGUACAGUGGAGACAGUAACGUACACACAGAACGGUGUACAGUGGAGACAGUAACGUACACACAGAACGGUGUUCAGUGGAGACAGUAGCAUAAACACAGAACGGUGUACAGUGGAGACAGUAACGUAAACACAGAACGGUGUACAGUGGAGACAGUAACGUACACACAGAACGGUGUACAGUGGAGACAGUAGCGUUAACACAGAACGGUGUACAGUGGAGACAGUAACGUACACACAGAACGGUGUACAGUGGAGACAGUAACGUAAACACAGAACGGUGUACAGUGGAGACAAUAACGUACACACAGAACGGUGUACAGUGGAGACAAUAACGUACACACAGAACGGUGUACAGUGGAGACAGUAACGUAAACACAGAACGGUGUACAGUGGAGACAAUAACGUACACACAGAACGGUGUACAGUGGAGACUAGCGUUAACACAGAACGGUGUACAGUGGAGACAGUAACGUACACACAGAACGGUGUACAGUAGAGACAGUAACGCACACACAGAACGGUGUACAGUGGAGACAAUAACGUAAACAGAACGGUGUACAGUGGAGACAAUAACUUAAACACAGAACGGUGUACAGUGGAGACAGUAACGUACACACAGAACGGUGUACAGUGGAGACAGUAACGUACACACAGAACGGUGUACAGUGGAGACAGUAACGUAAACACAGAACGGUGUACAGUGGAGACAGUAACGUACACACAGAACGUUGUACAGUGGAGAUAAUAACGUACACACAGAACUGUGUGCAUUUCGACGAUGGGCUAAUAGCAUUUGAAUCACUAAAUACCACGGAGGACCUGUAUUGUUGCUUUCACUAAACCACCAAAGUGUAGACUGAAUCACUAAAACUAUCACUAUGGCGGAAGCAACCGUCAUAGAUGACAAGGGGAAAAUGGCUUCGCUGUCCCGUAACUAUGGUCUUGAUGUCGACAUGGCCGAUAGUGCUCUGGCUGCCUCGACUGUGACCAGCCGUGAAUACCAGAAACAGUGCUUACAUAUCUACAGGGAGUUCAUCAAAAACAUGAACUGUCAUUUAAAAGACGAAAAAGAGGUCAAGGAAGAUUUAUGUAGGUUACGGAAAGAAAAAAUCACUAACAUGAAAUAUUCCUUAUAUCGAUCUUCUGGCGAAGACGUUUUCUCGUCCGCUAAAGAAAAACGCCAGAAAAUGAUGGAAAGCAUGGCGAUUGUUUCUCCUCUGAUAUUCGAUGACAAUCGGAUGAACACUCCUUGGGGGCUUGACAACAUUAUUGACGAGGACUUACUGCGACCACAAACGGCACCAACACAAAAGGUGACGGGGUCACAGGCGCGAUACGCUCCUGUAGACGACACGGGAGGGAGACCACAGACGGUAUCAAACACUAACUAUAAACCGCUCGACUUUCUGGAUGACAUCACGUUAGAAAUGGAGAUGAAUCAGCAUCAGGGUGGUGGAACCGAGGCUCCCCCAUCCUUCACCACAAACCAUGUUCCAAAUAUAUCUAACGAAUAUGAACCACAACCUUUGCCCACCAAGACUACCGAACGCGUUCGAUUUGCUACCCCGAGCCCUGUGGGAGACAAAUCGGAGAGUAAAACAGAGCUGGAUGAAGAGACAGAUGGUAUUGUUGAUCCAAAAACAGAAAGAACUAGAGCUCGCAAUAUAACAAUUAACGCGAUGUCGUUUGCUAAACUGUCUAUAGGCGAGAUCCUGGCCAAACUGAAGCACAAAGACGGAAAAUUCAAAAUAAAACCCAUCAGCAUGACCUAUACCCCGAAUGAGGUUGAUGCCGUUUUCAUCGCAAAAGAUCCCACCAAGGAGAAAAUGGCACUUGUUCGGCAAAACACGAAUUGUAAGUCAUCCACCAUUUCGACAGAUUUGAAAGUAAACAAUCGAAUCGCUAUAAUGAAAUCUUUAAUGGGUAUCAAAGUGAAGAAAAAAACGGUGUCGGAGAUUUUUGACAAUGGACGAGAUAGGAAAACAAGACACUUCAGAAUCGUGCUGAAAAACCCGAAAGGUCGAAGCAUCGUUCCCGAGGAAGCUACACCUGAAGUAAGUAAGGAGGACGACGAAAACGCUGUACCAAUCCAUGUUUCAAUAACCCCUAUCAACCCCAAGAAACCUAACUUGAAACCCCAAAAUGACAGUUUAGCUAACCAGCGUUCGACACCGAUAUAUUCACGAGAUCCUCAUAACAGAACAGGACGGGUUCCGACUAUUCACGCUAACAACGACACGGACGGCGCAUUUGUUAGGACGAGCAGCUUCGGAAGCCGACGAGGGUACGAGAACGCACGUAAUGACUCCCGAAUGUCUCUGACGUCGACUUAUAGUCAGGACCCAUUACAACGUUCAAUCAACAGCCGAAAUCAACUGCACAAUAGCCGACCGUUACAAGGUGUCGACGGCCCCGAAAAUGGGACUCCGAUCACUAGGUCAGUGUCUGUAAUGUCCGGGCGCGAGAGCGUUAUCUUCCAGGGCACGGACGCUGAUAUGACGGAGAUGAUUCGUAUGUUGGUGGAGGGUGAGGGGCGGGGUGGACCGGUAAAACAACCGGGAUAUAACCGGUCCGCCAGUAGAGCAAGUGCAACCGCAUCCGUAGCGGGAAGUCACUUCGGAAGGAGAAUAAAAACCCCGUCGCGUAGAAUGGUCACUCCGACGUCCAUGCUUAGUGAUUCCGAGAUGUCAUUUGGUGGUGUAAGCAGGCCGCUAUCGGUGAACAAGCGGACGACCAAACAGUUGGUGAAGGACAUGAUACGUCAGGACAAGGAAUACCAGGAAAAUAUGGACACAAUGCGACGGCGCAUGGCAAGUAGUGGCAGGAGGGCAAGUGUAGCGGUCCGAAAAUGAAGCAGUUCAUUUAUUUGUAGACUUGUAUGUAUAUAAUAGUGACGAUAAUCAUGGACAUGCAUUUCAUGAGACAUAUGGCGACGUUAGGCUUUAUCUAUCUCAUUGCAGUGACAUCAGGGGGCUAUAGUAACAUCGGAUGUCAUUAACAUUGUAUAACAAGAAUUCAUAACGUGUAAAUGUAAGCAAUAUAUUGUUGACGGUAAAGAAAGUAAAAAAUGUAAUAUUGCCCGGAGUCAAAAUAAAGCGUGUGUUUUUUUGGUAAAGAAAUUUGAACGUAUCUGUAUUAAGAAAAAAGGUAAAUACGUAUAAUUACUCGUAUAUUUAUCCUCAAACCUUAUUUGAAAUAAACAUCAUUAGAAAUCCAA